AUGAAUGAUGUGGAACCAGGGGAAGAAGCUAAGGAAAAACGUGGAACCAGUAACAUGCCAGGAACGGGCACACGACUUGAAAACCAGCCUGCUGGGAGUCGUCUGGCAAGCACAACAGACCACCAGUAUCCUCGCAAGGUAUUAUUGCGGCAACUCGCUGCCGAUGUGCCCUUUGUGAGCGACUCUCCUGCCACUCCCUACCCUCAGUGGUUGCUGCCGAGGCAGAUCCGCCGAUCCCGAAGGGAGGGCACAAGGGGGAAAGCUCAAAAAUGCAACGGGGAUGCAGCUAUCCCCGAACGAACCAAGUGGCAAACCAAGCUCGUCGGUUUCACCUCUGGCCUGGGGCCGACUGUCAACUCGACGCCUCAAAGGAAAAUACCCAGCAAGGCAUCCACUCUGGGGAUGACGAUCGGGCCGAUCUUUACUUGUACGCCAAUCAAUGCGCGGUGCAAAGUUCAAUAG